AUUUGCAUUAUAAAUAGGUGAGACCUCCAGUGUUUUCUUCAGUCCUCUGGUAGAUGGUGCCAGCUGGUGCCAUCUAUUGUCAGCCACAGAGGGCAAGAUGAAGCUCUACUUGCUUUUGUUUAUCUUCGUGGUGGUUCACGGGGAGCUGGCCGGAUCGCCCGACGAUGGCGCGCUGUCCGUCGAGGCCGAUGGGACGGGGACGGGGAUGCAGAUGGCGAGGAGCCUCCGGGACCUCGAAGAAGAAAGGGACUUGAGGAGAUUUGGCUUCUUUAGGAAAGUCUUCAAAGGAAUUAAGAAAAUCGGAAGGCGCAAGAGCAUGCGACGCCGGGAUAACGAUGACAGCGAAGAUUAUGAAGAACGAGAGAGACGAGGACUUGGGAGGAAGUUCAGAAAGAAAAUGAAGAAGCUGAAAAAGAAAAUGAAGAAAAUUAAGAAAAUGAAAAAGAAAAUGAAGAAGAAAAUUAAGAAAAUGAAAAAGAAAAUCAAGAAAAUGAAAAAGAAAAUGAAGAAGAAAAUGAAGAAACUUAAAAAGAAAAUGAAGAAGCUGAAAGGCAAAAUGAAGGAAGUAGGGAAAGUGAUAGGAUCAGGAAUGGAACAAGAAAAUGCUAUGAAGGGUGAAGGUGAUGGAAACGGAAAUGUUGAAGGAGGAGGGGAAUCCGGUGGAGGAGAACCUGCCGCAGGAGGAGAAGAACCCGCCGCAGGAGGAGAACCCGCUGCAGGAGGAGAAGAACCCGCCGCAGGAGGAGAACCCGCCGCAGGAGGUGAAGAACCCGCCGCAGGAGGUGAAGAACCCGCCGCAGGAGGUGAAGAACCCGCCGCAGGAGAAAACGCCGAGGGAGGAGGAGAGGCAAGCGAGGGCCAGGCAGCGUGAGGCAAAGAAGCAGCAGACGGCUCCAGCGAGUGCGAGAAACCGGAAGAUGACUAAAAACAUCCAUGGAGUUGGAGUAAAGCCACAGGUGCUCAACUGCCCUAACAAACUCCUGCCACCCAAACUAUUAGUGUGACUAAUAGUUAUGGUCGCGUCAGGGAGGGUGGUUUUAUACAACCGGUUGCCUUAGAAGCCUCGACUCUGAUUGGUGCCUUGACGAUGACAGGUUCCCUUCAUGACUAUCCGAAAGGUCUCGCCAAUUUUUGUUCUUUUGAUCUCAGUUGUGAUUCUGAUAUUACUACAUGAUACUAAUAGUUUAUGGAUCCAUGUUAUCUUUGGGUCCAUAAAAUACGAAAUCAGUGAAUAUAUGUCUAUGGAAUAUAAGUUAUUACACCGUUCACAGAAGUUGUUAUCAUUUUUAAUGUUAUUAUUACUAUCAUGUUAUUAUUGUUAUUAUUAUCAUCAGCAUCAUCAUUAGCAUUAUUAAUACAUUCCUUAUUCUUUAUAAGUUAUUAAUUUUGAUAUAGAUAACAUCAUUAUAUAAGUGUGGUCAUCUUCUUGUUUAUAUUAUCAUUAGUAAUGACGUCUUUCACCUUACUGAGAUUGUUGUUAUUAUUGAUUUCACUUUCAUAAGUUAUUAUUUGUUGAAAUGUGACCAGUAUGCAUUCCAUAACACAUAUUACUGUAUUUGUUAAUAUUAGUAUUUGACAUGUUCGUUGACAGAUUAUCAUGCAGUUGUAUCACUUUCAGUGAACUCUGAAUAUAAUCAAUUUUAAGCAAAUGCUCUUUUUUUACUAUAUUUUCUGCAUCAGAUCUCUAAAACAAAUAUAUGAAAAAAUGAGUAUGUGAAAAAUUAACUGUUUAGAGUUUACCGUUAAUUGUCUAAUAAAUUUCAGCAAACAUA